AUGUAUGACAUGCAUGAUGAGGCGGAAAAUCGGUGGCAUUCACUCCCGUCUUCGGACAAUGCAAUUCUGUUGAAACAUGAUGAGAACGAUACAAUUGCAACGUUCCUCUAUCAGUUUAUUGGCAUCCAGGCAAGAGAAUAUACUGGUCUGCUUCGUGCCAACUGCGUCAGUGAGUUCAUCGUGGCUGGGGAGAGUCAGGAUCUCGCCGUGUUUGAUCCAGUUGUCCGUAUCGAAUGCACUCAUAUGUUCACUGUACAACAAGGUGCGAGUGGAUUGCCUUGGAUCAAGUCGGUUUUCAAAGACUUUGACAGUCAGCCGGUUCCGAUUGGCUCGAAAUUCGAGUGUUCCGGUGG